AGCAAAGAUGGUAGCCGUUUUUUCGUUAGCUUUCUGUGAACCCUGCGCUAGCUGAGUACAGUCAUAGAGAUGAAAGGGGAUGAUGUUAACGGAUAGCUCUCUCCAGGUAUUUUAUAGCUCCAUGAGAGGAAGUCCCUGUCGCGUGGGGUUGUGGUUAGAGUUUGAUGACGUUUACUUUUGAAGUAGAGCAACAAAACGCAACUUACUGCUGAACAUCUCCUAUUCAACGGUGUCUUCUCUUGACGUAGUGUAAGAGAGCCCAGGCUUCGACGGAAGAACGUCCCUAGCAAGAUGGGGGCCAUGGUAUCUCGGUGGAGGGCCAAGCCAUCUACUGUAGAGGUUUUGGAGGGACUUGAUAAGGGUAUUCAGUCCCUUGAGGAAUAUCGAGAGAAGAACCAGAAGCUGUUGAAGUUAUGGGUUUACAGGCUGCUUUUGUAUUCAGCUCUGAUUUACCUGAUAGCCUGUUUAGUGGUCUAUGUGCGGUAUAUCCCAGAACAGCUGAUAGGAAAAUUAAUAGUGGCUUCACCGUUCUUGGUAUUUCCAUUAUUAGUCUGGCUCCUGAGAAAAUUGCUGAUUGUUUUAUGCAACAAACAGACAGAGAGAAACAAUGAAAAAUUAGAAAAGCUGAAAGCAGAGAAAAAGAAAAUACUUGAGCAGGUGAUGGAAACCGAAACCUACAAAAAUGCCAAACUGAUUCUGGAGCGGUUUGACCCAGAGUCAAAGAAAAAACUUGAGUUAGAAACUCAACCCAUAAGCCAACCUGCAACUCCAAGACAAGGCCAAGAGCUGCGUCAGAGGCAUGUGACCCCUCGUCCUACUGGACGUCCGCCUCUCGCUCCAGUAACUGCUGCUGCAGCCCCUCCUACCCCUCUGUCUGCGCCGGGGGGGCCACCUGAAAAAAAAAGUCUGUCUAACUCAGCCCCUCAUGGUCUGAUCAGAAGGCCUGGAACUCCGGCUGGCACCCCUGCCCCAGUGACGGGAAUGCACCCUCCGGGUCCUCCGCUGACCAGACCCAUCCUCCCAAGAGAGCGAGGUGCCAUGGACCGGGUCAUUGAAUACCUAGUGGGUGAUGGACCUCAGAACAGAUAUGCUCUGAUAUGCCAACAUUGUUUGUCUCAUAAUGGCAUGGCUUUAAAAGAGGAGUUUGAAUAUAUUGCAUUCAGAUGUGCCUACUGUUAUUUCCUGAACCCUGCCCGGAAGACGCGUCCCCAGGCCCCACGUCUACCAGAAUUUAGUGCAGAAAACAAGAUGAGCCAAGACCCCCCUGAGGUUGCCAUGGAGACAGACCCGUCUGCUCCUCCACGUGCCCCAGAGGGUAAAGCAGCCAGUCCAGAGCAUGUGAAGGCAGAACCUGAGGAGCACCACGUAGAAGACAGUCCAUCAGAAGAGAAGCCUGAAGUUGCUGAACCUCACACUGACCUCCCUGACAAAUCAGACGGUGAACAGGAUGUGUCCUCCAUGGAAUUUGAAUAGUGUGUAAGAGAAUUUGCCAAUACUAACCUGUAUUUGUUUUGUCUGUGUGUUUGGUUUCAUUUGAAGUGUAAUUUUCUUUAUUCUUCACCCUUUAGUUUAUUUGGUGUCUGUCAUUUUAAUUUCGUAUGAUAAUUGCAGUGUUAUUUCAAAUUGCAGUAAACAAUUAUAUGGUUUAGGGGUCAGUUUUUUUGUGAGUGUUAUUUUUUUGUUGUAAAACUACUAAUUAUAAAACUGAUAUCAUUGUAUUAAUAUGUUACAUUGCUGACUUUCAUAGUCAAUGCAUAUUUUGUGUCAUUUACAUAGAAGUUUCAGGUGUUUGUUACUCUUAGUUGGCAAGAAAAGCAGCUAUUAACAUGCAUUUCAUUCACCCUCCUUUUUGAAGCACUUUUUUGUAAAAUAAUUUAUUUAAUAUUCUUAUUUUACAAUACAUAAUGCAAAAAUGUCCUGUUCAAAAGAGUAUUUAUAAUAUUUAUAGUCAUUAAUAUCAGCUCUGUGCCUGUUAUGAAAGUGUAGCAUACAUUAGGUGCAGUGAGAGAUCGGUCCCAUGUUUACAGGUACUGCCAUAGGAAUGUCUGGUUAUUUAUUACUGCAUAGAAACAGUCGGUCAGUGUUUUCAGCCUUAUGUGCCUUUGUUCAACCUGUUUGAAAAUAAUAAAAAAAAAAUCAAAUGACUAGUAAUUAUGGUCAAUGUUCUGCACUUAUAUAGCGCCUGUUUUAUCCUUGGCGGUUACCAAAGCGCUUUACACCGUGUCCCAUUCUCACACUCAUACACCAAUGACAGCAAAGCUACAAGAUGCUAGCCUGCCAUUGGGAGCAACAGUGUCUUGCCCAAGGACACUUUGCCCACAAUUAUGUAGUCAUUAUGAAGCAUAUCAUUUUGGGCAGAAAUACAAUGCUGUUUUAGUUUUGUCUGAGAAAUUAGAAAUAAUUCAAUAAUAUUUUUUUAAACACCAUUCUGAUGUUGAGAGUUGACUUUUAUUGUGACUUAAGACACUGGGUUCAAGAUUGAUUCAAGAUUUUUUUCAUUUUAUUUUAAAGGAAUAUUCUUUGUUCAAUACAAGUUGAGCUCAAUCAACAACAUUUGUGGCAUAAUGUUGAUAACCACAACAAAUUAUUUCGUCUUGUCCCUCUUUAAAAAAUGAAAAGGUUAAAAUCUGGAUUACAAUGAGGCACAUAUACAAUGGAAGUGAAUAUGGCCAGCCGUAAACUUUAUAAAACUCACUGU